CCAUCACCAUCACCAUCACCAUCACCAUCACCAUCACCAUCACCAUCACCAUCACCAUCACCAUCACCAUCACCAUCACCAUCACCAUCACCAUCACCAUCACCAUCACCAUCACCAUCACCAUCACCAUCACCAUCACCAUCACCAUCACCAUCACCAUCACCAUCACCAUCACCAUCACCAUCACCAUCACCAUCACCAUCACCAUCACCAUCACCAUCACCAUCACCAUCACCAUCACCAUCACCAUCACCAUCACCAUCACCAUCACCAUCACCAUCACCAUCACCAUCACCAUCACCAUCACCAUCACCAUCACCAUCACCAUCACCAUCACCAUCACCAUCACCAUCACCAUCACCAUCACCAUCACCAUCACCAUCACCAUCACCAUCACCAUCACCAUCACCAUCACCAUCACCAUCACCAUCACCAUCACCAUCACCAUCACCAUCACCAUCACCAUCACCAUCACCAUCACCAUCACCAUCACCAUCACCAUCACCAUCACCAUCACCAUCACCAUCACCAUCACCAUCACCAUCACCAUCACCAUCACCAUCACCAUCACCAUCACCAUCACCAUCACCAUCACCAUCACCAUCACCAUCACCAUCACCAUCACCAUCACCAUCACCAUCACCAUCACCAUCACCAUCACCAUCACCAUCACCAUCACCAUCACCAUCACCAUCACCAUCACCAUCACCAUCACCAUCACCAUCACCAUCACCAUCACCAUCACCAUCACCAUCACCAUCACCAUCACCAUCACCAUCACCAUCACCAUCACCAUCACCAUCACCAUCACCAUCACCAUCACCAUCACCAUCACCAUCACCAUCACCAUCACCAUCACCAUCACCAUCAUCAUCACCGCCACCAUCACCACCACCACCACCAUCACCAUCACCACCAUCACCAUCACCAUCAUCACCAUCAUCAUCACCAUCACCACCAUCAUCAUCACCACCAUCACCAUCAUCAUCACCAUCAUCACCAUCAUCACCACCAUCACCAUCAUCACCACCAUCACCAUCACCACCAUCACCAUCACCAUCACCAUCAUCACCACCACCAUCAGGAAGUUGGUUGAAUGUUCUUACAGUUCAACCUCCUAUAGAUCCUCAUCGGCUAUAUGGCAUCUGGGAGACAGAUAAGAUUAUAUUCAAAAUCAGACUAACUCCUCAGCUGGUGCUAUAUGACCCUACAACAAGUGAAGUUGCAGAUCUUGGAAUUGAUUUGGACCCUAUUGGUUGUUGUGUUUUCAAUUACAAGAAGAGCCUAGCUCUAAUAAAUAGUGGAGAUGAAACUCAGGACGAGGAUAAUAUUGUCGACCAAAUUGAACACUUCUUCGAUAUCAUACCAACUGAUCGCAAGUCUCUGUUUACUGUUAGAGGUCCUCCUACCGUACGGUGA